AUGCUCGACGCUUUGACCAAGGAGGGCGUCGUGACAGUUACAUCACCAUCUCUAGCUCCCAUCACCUCUUUAUCUGCGGACACUCCUAAGCCACUGAAGAGGGUCAAAAUGGACACUGACGAGGAAGAGGAAUUAGUCGUUGUCGAGCCCACUGAUCCCGACGAAGAUCGUCUUCGUGAGGCAACUCUUCAAGCUCAACAGGAGGCCGCGGCAGUUGUAGCAGUUCAGGCUGUUUCGGAACCGGUCCCCCAUCCCCCUCCACCAUCACCACCCUUUCCUCCUCCUUCUGAACGCAUGGAUUCCAAUAAAAAUAUGGUCACUACUGAUCCAAUAUUGCUCAGUCAAAUCAUUCAAGCAUUGAACACGAAGCCGAACAGUCAGACUGUAGAAGGUGUUCAGCAAACCCCGAGGUUUCUGGUCACUUCCUCCAACAACGUUCUAACCUUUCAGCCCUCCCCAACUCCCAUUCCUCCUCAGACGUCUUUCAUGGUUCAACCACUGAGUGGCUUUCAGGCAGCCAGACUUCUAAAUCUCACACCCGCUACUCCUCCCCCCCCUCCUCCUCCUCCUCCACCUCCACCACCACCACCUCCAGCACCGAUCUCAAACACGGGUUUGCAAAGUCUUCUUUCAACUGAUCCGCUGCUCUAUGGAAUCUUCGUGAAUUGUGCUACUUCAAAUAUGAUAACCCAACUGGCAAAUUCCAUCUCGGCGUCAAUGAUAUCCUUCGCCCAGUUGGUGGCAAUCGACAAGAAUAUCAAUCUGAACAGCCAAAUAGCCGAGAUUACGCAACUCAUUUCGGCUCUCAUCAACUUGGCCACCUCGUUGUCAAACACGCUGCCAGGUUUGAUGUCUUUGAGGGGAGCUGUGAAUCCCACACCAGCAGUCUGCACGCCCCAAACCAACCCAAUUCUCACGAGUCUUAUUUCUGCUUCCUCGGCCACACCUUCGUCACCACAGUACACAUGCACUCCUUCCACACUGGCCGGGAAUUCAGCGUCCAAGUCUGUGCUUCCCCCACCCAACGUGGUCUGUCCCCAGCCCUGUCCUCCCAUCCAGGUGAAACCGGAGCAACCCACUUCAUUAACAAGUGGUAAACAGAGUCCGCCGGUUGCUGGUUUGGUGACAAGGUCUGGCACAGUUCUAACGUCGGUGAAGACAGUCCCUCGUCCAAAGCGCUUCAUAUGCACACAUUCCGGCUGUACUCGGGCUUUCGCCUCGAGAUUCAACCUCGUUGAACACAUCCGUAUCCAUACUGGAGAAAGACCGUUCGUGUGUCCAGAACCCGGCUGCACUUCGAGGUUCAAGAGGCGUCGCGAUCUUUACGAGCAUUCCACAAUGCACAAGAAACUCACCUCCCAUUCCGGAAAAGGGCUCCUCGUGACCUCUGUUCUCCCGGACAGAGAGAAGAGUAUGAAGAGUGGUGAAGACAGUCGGAGACCACGUCACUUUUGUCCUUUCGCUAAUUGUCAACGCUCUUAUGCUCGUAGACAUCGUCUCAAUCAGCACAUGUGUCUUCACACUGGUGUUGGACCCUUCUAUUGUGAUCAACCGAACUGUCAUGUGCGGUAUUUCAAUUCUGAUGAUCUUGAGCGUCAUAAACUCGUCCACCUCCUACCGGCUAGCAGUGACCCUGCGAAAAAACAUAUCUGUCCACACGAAAACUGCGGAAAGGCCUACUCGAAACUAAACAAACUGCGGGAGCACGUUAGAUCACACACCGGCGAAAGGCCGUUCGUUUGUGAACAGGAUGGAUGUGGUGCUUCAUUCAGUCGACCUUAUGGCCUCAAACGCCACCAACUGACCCACACAACGGUGACAACAUCCGCUGACAUUGUGGCAAAAUCGGAGGCUCAAAAUUCGCACCAGCCUUCAGCACCCAAAGUGACAAACCUGGUCACAUCCAUACCAGCCACCAGAACACUAACGGCGGUGUUCUCUCAACCUCCGACACUCAUUUCCAGGGUGUCUCCCACUCCGCAGCCCACAAUUCUCAACCUCGUCCAUGCCCUAACUUCUUCAGGCGUUCAGUUGCAACCAAUGGUAACAACCGCACCAAGCGAAGAAGCUCCUCAAGUUCCUCUGAACGUCACAAUCAAAGCCGAUCCCGAUCCCACACCUGUUUCCACGGUCACUUCCACCCCUCCCAACGUUACAAUCACCUCAGUGGCAUCGACUUCAACAAAUAAGCUACCUCUUGUUCAACGCUCCAGUAAGGCAGCCGCUACACCCUCUGCAUCAGCGCUGGCCGAGAAGGCAAUAGUGAUCUCAGGGCCCUUUGGAAAGCGACGACACAUCUGUCCCAUGCCUGGCUGCACCAAAAUCUUCCCUAAGUUGAAUAAGUUGCGAGAACACAUCUGUCGACAUACCGGCGAAAGGCCGUACGCCUGUGAUGAGUGUCCUGCCACCUUUGUUAGAAUGUACGAUCUUCGUCGACACGCCCUCAUUCACACUCGUAGACGAAUGGGAAUCCUCAAUAACGGCGUUUGA